UUCGUUUUCUGGAUACCGUGCAUUAUCAUCGUUAUCAGCUAUCUCACAGUACUGUUGAUACUGCAGGGACAUUUGAAAGAAGAAUACCAUGGACUUCCUGCAAUGUCGGCUGUAAGCCAAAUUGAGGAGGAGUCGUCAAAGUCCAGUCUGAAAGGAAAACGAGGCUUUCUUGAAAGCCAUCCUAUGAAGACCACCAGUAAGCUUCGAUGUACGAAUAAUCCUGGCUCUAUGGCAGUCACUACAAUACACAAAGCCAAGCAGCAUGCGAAACGACAAGCGGCUUGGAUCAUUUUGGCCUAUCUGACAUUCUGGAGUCCGUACAAUGUGGUGGCCGUGCUGAACAUGACUCGGACGCUGUCCGAGCAUCAAGUGUUCACAGUCACGCUGUCAUUCCUGAAUGCUGCAAUCUGUGCGAAUCCCAUUGUGAAUCCUUUGAUAUACGGUAUCCUUACAAAAUCCGGCAAGCAA